AUGUACUGUGAUCUGUCUGCAGCGAAAGUACGACCUGUCACGUCACGGCUUGUAUGGCGGUGUCGACCGUGGAAACCCAACGAGCAAGAAGAUGGGGAUCCGCAGCUGCACCAGCCUGCAGGAAUGCGUGACCAAAGCGUCAGGCUAGCUUUGCAGCUCGUCACUAUCGCGUCAAGAUCGGUCGGGCUGUUGGGUCGAGACCGUAAUGCAGGACGCCCUGGGGAUCAGAGCAAUGAGUGGACGACGCUCACUCGCUGA